AUGAAUCUGCUUGGCUCCUCCAUUCUCCUAAGAAAUAUGUUCUCAAAGUAGUCUCAUCUGAGAACUUUGAUUAAACAAACUAAUUGCAUUGUUUCCAAACCAUAAUCCAACAUAUCUUACUUGCAGCAAGAUACUGCUCAAAGAUUCAACCAAAUUGAUGCUGAAUUUUCUGGUGCGAACAACCAAUUUCAGUUAAAGGUAAUCUUGGAAGCUCAAACAAUCAAUCUUAGUGGCAAUCUUGACUAAUCUUUGAAAGACCUAGCAGAAAAUUUGCAAUCAUAAAAUUCUAAUUUGUAGGAUAUUCAAUUCUAUACUUUGGAUGGUGCAAUUAUCCCUAAGUCUGAAUUGCUAAAUCAUAGAGAUAACAUUCCGUUUAUUCUCACUUUAAGAAAGGUAGAUACUAAGAUGAUUUAUUCAUACGCAUUAAAUCUCAAUAGCAAAUUCUCGAUUGUACAUAAUUACGAGGAGCAAAACAAACAGAGUGAGGAAUCAUAUCUUCAAUAUACCCUUGGAAUCGGCCUUCCAAAGUACUCAUCAUUCCUUUUAGCAAACUUUGCAAAUAAGCUACAUCACAGUUAUCCAAAAACUAGAACUGUAAAAACUGAAGAUAUCUUAAAAGGCCUUCAAUAAACAAUGAACUACUAUAGAUCUGUUGGCCAUGAUAAGUCUUUGUUAAAAGUUUCUGAAAUCGAGAAGUUGAUAGAUUAAAAGCAACGUGAACUAGUGAAACUAAAUGAAAAGAGAAGUCAGUUAUAUAAAAAGGCUGAUUUUAGAGCUCAGCUUUUACUUUUUUCUGGAUCUUCAAUAUUUAUAGCUUAGUGCGCCUGUAUAAUGAGUGGUACAUUCAUCUACUAUAGUUGGGAUAUCAUGGAACCAAUCUCCUAUUUGAUGAUGUUCGCUAACUUUACAGUUGGAGUAUUCUACUAUGCUCUCUUUAAGAAGGAUUUGGAAUUGGGAACAUUAAGAGAGAGCCUUGCGAAGAGAUUCUCAAGCAGGCUUUAUAGAAGACAUGGACUAGACGUUGAAAGAUUAGAACUUUUAGAAUCAGAAAUUAUUGAGCUAAGAUAAAUCCUUAACAAGAGCAUUUACUGA